AUGGAGAAAUGGAGGAAAAGAAAGAAAGGGCACUUCGCUGUGUACACGAGAGAAGGGAAGAGAUUCUUAUUGCCAUUGGAUUAUCUCAACCAUCCGAUCUUACAAGUGUUGUUGGAGAUGGCUGAGGAUGAGUUUGGCACUACCAUUGACGGUCCUUUACAGGUUCCUUGCGAUGGAAGUUUAAUGAAUCACAUCAUCAUGCUUGUGAGGAGAAGUAUGUCCGAUGAUUACAAUCACGAUGAUAUGAAGAGCUUAGUGGCUUCUUCUUCAAGCACCUGCAAGGGAGCUUCAGUCUCCUCUCUCUUUCGUGGACAGUCCUUAGUUUCAUAA